AUGGUGGAAACUAUUAUUCCAGAGGCCAUUUUUAUAGGUGCUAACAAACAAACCCAGGUUAGCGACCUGCACAAAGUUAAGAAAAUCGUCGCAUUCGGUGCAGGUAAAACUAUUGCGUUAUGGGAUCCCAUCGAACCAAACAACCAAGGGGUCUAUGCCACUUUGAAAGGCCAUGAAUCCGAAGUGACUUGUGUAAGAUUUAUCCCGGACUCAGAUUUUAUGAUAUCUGCAUCUGAGGAUCACCAUGUUAAAAUAUGGAAAUUCUCCGAUCAUUCGCACUUGCAAUGUAUUCAAACAAUUGAACAUUAUUCUAACACAAUUGUAGCCUUGAGCGCUUUACCAAACAUCGUUUCAGUCGGUUGUGCUGACGGUACUAUUACCAUAUGGAGACAGAAUACACUAAAUGACGAAUUCAGUCUCGCUCAUGAGUUCAUUAUAAAGAAGGGAUUCUUCUACCCGCUGUGCUUGUCAUUGUCAAAAGUUCAAGAAAACAAGUAUUUGCUUGCCAUUGGAGGUACUAAUGUUCAUGUUUUUAUUGCGUCUUUCAUCUUAAGUAAUGCGGGCAUUGAAAAGUGUCAAAUCGUUGCAGAGUUAGAGGGUCAUGAAGACUGGGUCAAGUCAUUGGCUUUCCGCCAUCAGGAGACACCGGGUGAUUAUUUAUUAUGUUCUGGGUCUCAAGAUCGUUAUAUCCGAUUGUGGAGAAUUAGGGUUAAUGAUUUAAUUGACGACUCUGAAGAAGAUCCGAAGAAAUUAACGCUAUUGAGCAAUAAACAGUACAAAUUUCAAAUUGAUGAUGAGUUGAGGCUAGGCAUAAAUUUCGAAGCUUUGAUUAUGGGCCAUGAUGAUUGGAUCUCAUCCCUUCAGUGGCACGAAACACGUUUACAGCUACUUGCUGCCACUGCUGAUACUUCAUUGAUGGUUUGGGAACCUGAUGAGACUUCGGGAAUUUGGGUAUGUGGUUUGCGGUUGGGUGAAAUAUCUUCGAAAGGUGCCUCAACUGCCACUGGCUCCUCUGGUGGUUUUUGGUCUUGUUUAUGGUUCACCUAUGAGGGAAUGGACUUCUACUUGACUAAUGGUAAAACUGGGUCUUGGAGGAUGUGGAGUACGAAGAAUAAUAUUAUUUGCGAUCAAAGGUUGGGCAUAUCUGGUGCCACGAAAGAUGUAACAGAUAUCGCUUGGUCUCCUAAUGGUGAAUACUUACUAGCUACUUCUCUGGACCAAACUACUAGACUUUUCGCCCCAUGGAUCUAUGAUGCUAGUGGGAAGAAAAGGAGAGUUCCUACCUGGCAUGAAUUUUCUAGACCACAAGUACAUGGUUAUGAUAUGAUUUGUGUUGAGCCAGUUUCGAAUACCAGGUUUGUAAGCGGUGGUGAUGAAAAAAUUUUGAGAUCAUUUGAUUUACCCAAAGGCGUAGCUGGAAUGUUACAGAGAUUUGUUGGUAUCCAAUUUGAGAGAGAAAGUGAAAUGCCUGAAUCAGCUACUGUUCCUGUGUUGGGUUUGUCCAACAAAGCAGGAGAUGAUGCAAAUGAAAAUGAUGAUGAUGAGGAGGAGGAAGAUAGCCAUAACAAAACACCCGAUAUUGUUGAUCCCCUAUCCUUGCUGGAAUGCCCACCAAUGGAGGAUCAAUUACAAAGACACUUAUUAUGGCCUGAAGUGGAAAAACUUUACGGACAUGGCUUUGAAAUAACAUGUCUUGAUAUUUCUCCAGAUCAGAGAUUGAUUGCCUCAGCGUGUAGGUCAAAUAAUGUUCAGAAUGCAGUUAUCAGAAUAUUUAGCACAGAAACUUGGUUAGAAAUAAAGCCUACUUUACCGUUCCACAGCCUGACGAUAACGAGGUUGAAAUUUUCGAAGGAUGGAAGAUUUCUGCUGAGUGUUUGUCGGGACAGAAAGUGGGCACUUUGGGAGAGAAAUAUGAAAGAUAACACAUUUGAAUUAAGAUACAAAAAUGAAAAACCACAUACAAGAAUUAUUUGGGAUGCAGAUUGGGCACCUUUAGAGUUUGGUGAUGUUUUUGUAACCGCAUCCAGAGAUAAGACUGUUAAGGUUUGGAGACACCAAAAGGACCCAAUUGAUGACUAUGUUAUGGAAGCAUCAAUUAAGCACACUAAACCAGUAACUGCUGUUUCCGUUCAUGAUACUAUUGUAGGAGACAAAAUUUUGAUAUCUGUGGGUCUUGAAAAUGGUGAAAUCUAUUUAUAUAGUUACAUUUUCGGUAAGUUCGAAUUAAUAACACAGCUAAAGGAGGAUAUAACACCGGCAGAUAAAGUUACAAGAUUAAGGUGGUCACAUUUAAAGAGAAACGGUAAGUUUUAUCUAGGUGUAGGAAGUAGUGAUUUGUCCACCCGUAUAUACUCUUUGGCAUAUGAAUAG